AUGGCUGGUAUGUUGUUAAGUGAAGCCGAGAAAACUUUCAUAUUGCGUGGUGCCGAAAGCAACUUCCGGGUUGAUGGAAGAAAACGACUUGAUUAUAGGCCAAUGGAACUUGAAACUGAUGUUGUAAGUCAUGCAAGUGGAUCAGCACGGCUUCGUUUGGCAAAUACAGAUGUAUUGGUUGGUGUUAAAACAGAAAUAGACACUCCUUUUCCCGGCCGUCCCAAUGAAGGAAAACUAGAAUUUUUUGUUGACUGUUCGGCAAAUGCUACACCUGCCUUCGAAGGACGUGGUGGUGAAGAACUGGGUACUGAAAUAAGCAACAGCUUAUCCAGAGCAUAUCAAUCAUCCUAUGCAUUUGAUCUUACAACUUUAUGCAUUUUACCUGGUCAACAGUGCUGGAAACUAUAUAUUGACAUUUUGAUUCUUGAAUGUGGAGGAAAUUUGUUUGAUGCAGUUUCUUUAGCAGUUAAGGCAGCUCUUCACAAUACAAGAGUUCCCCUAGUAACUGCUGCAGCUAUGGAUGGUGCUCAAGUAGAACUGCAUCUUUCUGAUGAUCCAUUUGAGUCCAAAAGACUGGAUGUUUCUGGGGUACCUUGUCUUGUUACUUUGUGCAAGAUUGGUGAUCACUGCUUAGUAGAUCCGACUGCCGAAGAGGAAGUUUGUAGUACUGCAAGCAUAGUUCUAGCUGUAUCAGAAAAUGCAUUUAUCACUUCAGUUUUUAAAGCAGGAGUUGGCAGUUUUCUCCCCCAAACCUUGCAUGAAACAUUCAAAGAAGGCCAAGAGAUAGGUAUAGAAUUAAAUGAAGCGUUAAAAGCAGCACUUGAAAGAGAAGAAAAAGAACGGGAAGACAAUGAGAAAUCACCAGCCAUCCAGCGUUAUGGGUUUUUGAAAUAA